GUUGUCGUCCACCCUUUCUAAACAUAUCUCCCCCGCCAUCAAUGUUCACCUGCUCGACAGGAGAUGGCUCCUUUCUUCGCAAAGCGAUUGAAGUGUUUUUACUGUGGGUGUCGCUCACCCCAGGCUGACAGAGAGCCCAUUCGCAAAUGGCGUUGCCAACAUUGCGAGGCCAUCAAUUAUUUGGAUGAAAACGGGGAAAUCACCGAUCCCCCUGCUACUGAAACGAAUCCCGCUGUACACAGCCCUCACGCAUCAACUCCGCCCUUCGAGUCCAAUGACUUCACAGGCUCCAGUUUAUUCUGCGACAAAUGCCUCCGCAACCAACACCUCUUCACUAACAACUUGGCAUCCUACUUCCCGCCUUCCGAUGAUCCGAGUUUCGGCGCAUACGAACGCGAGUAUCCUAAAUUUCGCAAAAACCUAGAGGAGCGGUAUCCCCAGGUUUGCGCCACUUGCGAGCCUCGAGUGAAACAGCGCAUUCGUCAAACCGGAUACGAGGCCAAAGCGGAUCAUUUGAGACGGAUGAUGGACCGAAGUAAGGCUGGGAGGAUGGCAAGAAAGGCACGUCGGUGGAACUGGAGAAGCCUUCUUGUCUGGGCCGGCGCCAUGGGCUACUGGGCUAGUGUUGCCGGUCAACUUAGCUGGAAUAUCUGGAGUGCGUUAGCCGUGGAGGAAACCGAACCACUGCAAGACCCCGAUGCCUUAUAUGACUCUCCUCAUUUGGUCGAGUGCGCACGCGAGAUAGUGCAGACCCGUCGGAUACCGAGCAGUUGCGCGAUGGAUCUAGCACCUUAUGCCGGGCUAGCUCUCAUUGUCGGCAUUCUGUCUUUGUGGUGGAACCCCAAGCUACGCUUGAAAGUAGAAGGAAGGGGCGGACGCUUUGUUGGCCUGAGCGAGUACUAUCAGGUACAGCUCAUUGUCAUGGUGGUGCGAUGCGUCUUCUGGGCGGUUCUUCGAGAACCCUCUUUGAGCGGACUGGAGGCUAAUAUUCCCCCGACUUUACACUUGUUCAUGCUAUUCUUCACGAUAUUGUCUGUUGCGAUCUCUAGGCGCAUUGUGCGCUAUGACACCCGUCCGCUGGUCGUCUGGAAUGAUGACACCCCCGCAGCCACUCCGAGUCGGAAUACUGAAGCGACUCCAGUGCCUAAUUUUGGUAACAACACUGGAAACAGUCGCCGGCUGUUUACAAGUCCUACUGGAGAUCUCCGGCAGCGACCUUCUCGUUUCCCUUUGGACAAGCUUGCUUCUCCACGGACAGCUCCUGAGGAACCAAGCAUCCCAACCCCACCUCCGGAGGCUGACGAUAUGGACUGGACUCCUUCCCUUGUCCAGCGCGAACUUGAACCCAGAAUUAGUGUUCGUCGGCGAGACAAGACCUCUGGGCUCAAUGGCGAGCUGCCGUCUUUUGGCCUCCUGCCCGCUGCGCCUAAGCCACCCGCCUGGAAUUUGCGUAGCAAACCCCAAUACACAAACCCCAUUAACCCCAUUAACCCCACUCAACAAGUGGAACGAAAUCCGUUCCAGCGCACACCUGCACAACCGCAACAAUGGCAACGGAACACCAGUGAUGCCGGCGCGGCGUUUGUACCGCCAAAGUUCUUUCCUACGAGCGAUCAUACCGCGACAACUGGACUCGAGAGCUUGUUCGAUCGGACCUUCACCAUCAAGUCUCCUGAAGAUGGAGAAGACAACUACUGGCAAGCACACCAAAACUCGAAUGAACACGCCCACCACCCUGUGAAUCUCUGGAGUUAUUUUGUCUACCAGUACCUUCGGUUAGGACUUCUUAUUGUUUCUCUUGCUGCCUGGACUUUUUCGGAAUAUGGUCUACUAUCGCUUCCGGGCAACUAUGUUGAGAUCGCAUCGUUAGGCAGUGCCAGUCUUAUCGCCGGGUUCGCCCUUCUAGAGGCUAUGAAACGUCCUAUCGUGCAGUGGAAUGGCAUGGAGAUCCUCACCUGCUUUUCCGAGCUGGUUGCUGCUGUUAAUCUUGGGGGAUACCUUCCCCGGAUUGGGGUUGCCUACCAGCGGCAAUCUUUUGACACAUACGGGAAGUUGUUAUUGGUUUUCAUGACCGCCCAAGAGGCACUGAAUCUGCUGUCACUGUAUCGCCUCGCUGCAGUCCAUGGGUCUGGAUCCCACCAGCAGCAGCAGCAGCAGCAACAACAACAACAACAACAACAACAACAACAACAACAACAACAACAACAACAACAACAACAACAACAACAACAACAACAACGCCGCAUCGCGUCUCCGGAUGGCCGUGUAACUGGACAUCAGUCCCCAUCGGCAUUUAAUCACCAGAGCCAGGUCCAGUCGUUUGACAGUCAGCCAUCCAUGCCACCCCUGUCCUUUUCAUCUACUCUUCCUACCUCGAGCUUCACGACGCAGUCACCCGCCACGCCCACCCAAUUCGCACCUUCGCCAUACGACGGAGGAUUCUACAAAAAUCACAGUUUCACUCUGAACAGUCUGAAAGACAAUGAGUCCGACGUGUCGGACGCGUUUGACCGUGACUCGGACACUGAAACCACUGUAACAACAGCCACAUCUGCCACAAACAACACAAUUCGAAACAUUCGCUAUGGACGGAACAACGAUUAUAACAGUGACUCGAUGUUCUCGCCCCGACGAUCAGAGCUGGGCCCGGGGAUCGGGGGUCUGAGUUUGGAGGACGAGCCCGGUCGCCGCAUCACCCGCAGUCAAUCGAAGCUCAAGGAUCGUUUCGCAGCGGCGCGAGGAAUACGGUGAUAUCAAUCCUCGAUCUUUGGGCGUUGGUCGGCCUCAUUGGACCAGCUGUCUCAUUUCAAGCGUUUGCACUUUUGGAGUUGGUUAGCUACCUCUUUCCCUUGCUAAAUCUACCUUAUACCACUCUUUGUGAGCCCACGCGAACUAUUACGGCCGGUGAGAAAGCUUGCCUGUUCUGAGUUCAAUCCGUUUGUUUCACUGUACUUGGGGCUGUUUGAAGAUGUGUUUUGUACAUAGCAAGUAGAAUGAACGAUUUAUG